AUGGUGAGAUACUCUUAUAUCAGGGUACCAGGACUGCUGAGGAUGAUAGAAGCAGGUGGCAUUAGAGUGAUUGUUACAAUUGCAAAAGGAGCACCAUUGAGAAUCACGACCAUCAGCAUCCUCGUCUCCCCAAAACGAACCUUCGCUGUCGGCUUCAUCCCCUCCUCCUCCAAUAGCUACUUCUUCGCGGUGUGGGUCCACAAGUCAUCUAAUAAGACUGUCAUCUUCAAUGGCUCCGACACAUACUGGCCGGCGACGGCCACCAUCUGCGACCUCUCAUCCGACGGGAAGCUGCUCAUGGACAAUGCGAAUAGUUACAUCGUGGCAGAUGACGGAAUUCAUCCUCACUUGGUGCUGAUAUUAUGUUUGACGUUUGUCGGCGUGACCAAGACUUACGGCCAAGAGCAUUUUAACGUUCUAGACUUCAAAGCUGUUGGCGAUGGCGAUACAGAUGAUACUGAAGCCUUCCAAAAUGCAUGGGACAAAACAUGUGGUUCGACUGGGGCCCGUUCAACUAUGAUCGUCCCUGCAGAUAAGACAUUUCUUGUGAUGCCCACAAUUUUUCAGGGCCCAUGCAAACCCACCAGUGUCCACGUUCAGGGUUUAAGAGUUCACCAGUGCAAUGACACCGUCGUGAGCGGGUUGAGCUUCGCCGACAGCCCACAAACUCACCUCACCAUCUACGGCUGCCAGGGUUUUAACGUGACUUGGCUCAACAUCACGGCCCCUCAAACCAGUCCCAACACCGAUGGCAUUCACGUCCAAGCUUCGCAGCAUGUCAAGAUCCAAGACACUGUUAUAGGAACAGGUGACGACUGCAUCUCUAUAGGAGACCGUGUUCAUGAUAUAGUAAUUGAACGUAUCACCUGUGGACCAGGCCAUGGUGUAAGUGUGGGCAGCUUAGGAAAGGGAAGGAGGGAUGUUUUAGUUGAUGAGAUCCAUGUCUCAUAUGUUCAAAUGUUUAAUACCACUAACGGAGCAAGGAUCAAGACAUGGCAGGGAGCAACAGGGUCUGCAAGCCGUAUAUCGUUUGAGCAUAUUAAUGUCACCAAUGUUAAAAACCCUAUUGUCAUAGACCAAUACUACUGUGACAGUGAUGACGAAUGUCCCAUCAAGGAAAAAGCCGUACACAUCAGCAACGUGACGUUCGCUUACUUGACGGGGACCUCGAAGACCAAGACUGCCGUGACCCUCAACUGUAGCCAGACUGUUCCCUGCACUGGAGUUCACCUUAAAAAUGUGAACCUCACGGCAGUUUCCUCACCGAAUGACACAAAAGUCUCCUGUAUCAACGUUCAUGGUGACACCAGUGGUUACGUGUACCCAACCAUAGCUUGUCUCCAUUGA